AUGAAGGUGCUGGAGAGGCUGGUCUUGGCCCGCCUCAGGCCGCAGGUGAAAUCUUCACUUGACCCGCUGCAGUUUGCAUACCAGCCUCGUGUGGGAGUGGAUGACGCCAUCAUCUACCUGCUGCAACGAGCCCAGUCGCACCUGGAUGGAAAGGGACAAAAUAGGCUUGACAACUUUUACAAUGAAUUUAUUCAACUCUGCUCUCGGGAAAAACAUUACUUGGAUCGUAAUUUUAGAACUCCUAAAUAUAUUGCAGUUUUUAACUUAGCAUUUGUGGACUUGUUGGGUAGCUCUGCUCUGGUGCCGAAGCUUCUUGACAUCUUUCUGUUUAACCAUCGCUACAUCUCCUACAACGACUGCUUGACCUUUGUUUUUUUCAGCUACACCUUCCUUGGCAUGCAGGUUUUUAAUCUGAUUGCACUCUCCUAUGACAGAUUAAUUGCCAUAAUGCACCCUCUGCACUAUCAUGCGAAGGUUAAUCACAGGUUCAUGCUGUCUUUGAUUGCCUCUUUCUGGGUGUUUGUUAUAAUUGCUACUGUCGUUUUAGUUGGUCUUCUGACCAGACUUUCAUUCUGCAGGUCUGUGGUUAUUGACAGUUAUUUCUGUGACCACGGCCAGAUAUACAGGCUGGCCUGCAAUGACAACACACCCAACUAUGUCUUUGCUUUGUUCAUAAUAGUUCUAGUUCUGUGGCUUCCACUCUCAUUCAUCUUGUUAAGUUAUGUAUGUAUUGGUUAUGCUUUGUCUAAAGUGGCCACAGCUCAGGAAAGAUACAAGGCCUUUAAAACCUGCACAACUCAUCUCUCACUAGUGGCAAUUUAUUUUAUCCCAAUAUUAAUCACAUAUACUGCAGGCUCACAGAUACAUCCAAAUGCCAGGAUCAUAAACCUCUCUCUUACCUCUGUUUUUCCUCCCAUGCUGAACCCAAUCAUUUAUGUUCUGCAGACACAAGAAAUCAAAGCAUCAGUGAAAAAAAUAUUUAGUCAGAAAGUCAGAAAGCAAUCCAAAAUUAAAGUGAAGAAGGUUAUCAUAAAUUGACCGACUUUGCUUUAUGGUGAAGAUAGUGAUUUUGUACAUUAAAAUAACAUAAUUUUUCUCAUUUAUGAACCACUGUAAUAUAUUUUUGUUAAUCAUAACCUUCCUUCACAUUAAACCUCUCCAACCAUUCAUGGAGGUACUAACCUUUAUUAAAGAACUUUGUUGUGAAGCACUUACAGAAAUGGUCGAUUUUUUAAAGCCUCAAUUUCAAAAUAUUCAAAGAUUAAGGAUGCAAAUUUUCACAAAUGUUUUGACAUUCAUCCAGAGAGAGGUUGUCAUCAAUGUAUGAAUAUAUGAAUUCCUAUAAUGACUACUAUAAUCAAUUGUAAGGCUCUUCGUCUUUUUAUUAUAUCAUUAGUAGCAUGUUUGGAAAUUAUAAUUGAUGACUGGAAGACUUAUGAAGAAACCGGAUUGUUAUGAAAUACUUUUUUUGCAGGUUUCAUAGCCUCUUGUGUUAUAUUUAUGAAAGAAACAAUGAAAUAGAAUAAACAUUUUCCAUUUAAAUAAACAUAAAUAAAAUAAAUAAAUAAACAGGAUUGUUAGUGUUGUCCAUUUUUCAUGUGUACUGUUGCCAAUGUGACCUUUUGUAGCGCGCUGCAAAAUUUGGCUUUACAUUUUCUGUAACUACUACAGUUUUUAACAAGCGUAAUUAACACGCUAACUUGCUAGCAGACUGCUGUAUAGUAAAAAGGCCUCUGCUGGAGAAUCAGUAACACUUCAGGUUGAGAGUGAUAUUGCAGGAAGGGAGAUGACACAAGUUAGACUUUUGGCCCUAGUGUAGGGGGUGUAGCAACAACUGAGAGGGCCGUGUAAUCAUGAGUGACAGCUUAACAAAUAAGGCUGAAAACCUUCCGCAACAGCGUUGCCUUCAGGAAAUCUAGUCAACGGGAGACUUAUGAAUCAACAUUUUAUAUACACUAUAUUUGGAAUUUAGAUGUAAAACCAUCGCCAAACGCUAGUGACAAAGUUCUGGAUAGCGAGCUGUUUUGGACCCUACUCGCCAUGACCACAGAAAAAGAGCAAUCAACUAUCUCAGAUUCUACCAUUCAUCAACCACACAUGAAUCUCUGAAGUUAUGCACUUACACAUACAACUGGAAACGCGGCGUAGCAUCCAUGCGAUGGCGUCUUAGUUUGGUUAAGUUUGCAAGAUAUUCACAGAUUUGGGUUUCCCGGUUCAAUAGCUUGUCAUUAAAAUGUUGUUAAAACAUAAACGACAUCUAUCUGUGACUAUGGUAAUGGCCUGGAUUUGGCUCCAUAGACCUACAGCUUUCUUGGCCUUUUCCCAGAUAUGUGGAGCAGAAAAUACUGAAGGCUGCUUCUCAAUGUUUACUUUUGACAAUGGGAAAAGAGAGGAGACCAGUCCCCAGACGAUCUAAGGGUUUGUGGCGGUAUCGGCGAAUCAGAAAUGUACUGGCCCUAAACCAUUCAGUGCUUUGUAAGCAAACCGCAGGAUUUUAAUGUCAAUUCUUUGUUUUACAGGAAGCCAGUAGAACUGGAGUGAUGAUCCACUUUCCUGGUCCUAGCGAGGACAAAAGCUGCAGCAUUCUAGAUCAACUGUAGCUUUCUGACUUUUUACGGAGACAUGCAAACACACCGUUACUGUAGUCCAAUCUACUAAAGAUAAAUGAAGAUUUUCCAAAUCUUGUUGAGACAUGAAUCCUCUAAUCCUUGUUGUAUGGUUUAGGUGAUAGUAGGCUGAUAUUGUAACAAUAUUGUUGUUCAAAGUGAGGUCCCAAUCCAUUAUUAGACAUAGAUUUUUGGCUUGGUUUGUGGUUUUUAAAAUCAGUAAUUGAAGCUCAGCAGACUUUCAAUCGUUCAUACUUAAACAAACAACUAAUAACAUUUACUUUUGUUUAAUCUUUGUUCAAUUGAAGAAAGUUUUGGCACAUCCAGUUAUUAGAUUAGAUUCAACUUCAUUGUCAUUGCAGAGUACAAGUACUGAGGCAACGAAAUUCAGUUCAGAAAUAGAUAUGCAAUAUGAACAGUAAUUGGGACAAGAAUAGCAGCAAUUGAGGUAAGAAGUGUAGGUAUGAUAAGUAUAUGUAAAGUGCAGGUGUAAGUAUGAGUGGGGGUAAAAAAGUGAGAUGAAGUGAAAGAGGUAUUAGUAAUAUUAUAUUUAAGAGGUAUUGUAGGUAUAAGUCCGAUUAUUACAGUAAUAAGUGGUAGAAAAAAACAUUCUGGUGCAAAUGUUCAGUGGCUGGAGGAGGGUGUGGCAGUCAA